AAGACGGACAGAAAUCUAUCCGGCAUGCAUUGUGUGGGGAAUGCCGGUGAUCGAUUCUGCGCAGAGCUGGCUUGUCCCGAGAUGCUUAUGUAUUGAGAAUAAUAGUCAACAUCCGUACCUAUACUAUCGAUAUGAACCCAUGAUGGACGACCGGUAGACCGGUUAUAUGCCCUGGCUUUUCCCUGACUCUUGCCCAAAGUGUGAGCCGAGGAUAUGACCAGAGAAUUUCAUUCAGGCGCCUGCGACUUUUUGUUGUUUUGCAGCGGUGCUUGAAUGCACCCUGACGUCUAGCGGUGACGUGAGCACGCAUAGAGUCGUUGCAUCUGGGCUGGCACAUGUCUGCUGUACGCACACAGCAGAAACGCUAUGCAGAGCAAGCGGUCAUGGCUUGGAAGUCGAAGACGCGCAAUCUACAGGUGUUUGACACGGAGCUGAGCGCUGACACAGUGGAGUGGUGUCCUGUUUCAUCGAGCAACGACAUCCUGGCCUGCGGGACAUAUCAGCUGCAGAAAGGGGCAGAGGAACAGGAUGCCACCCCGAGCCGGACAGGUCGUUUGUACCUGUUUGAAUUUCGGCAAGAGGCAUCACUGAGCCCUCCACUUACUGAGCUGCAGCGCAUGGACACAGCAGCCAUUUUAGAUUUGAAAUGGUGCCACGUGCCAUUGUCAGGGCAGGCAGUGCUGGGAAUGGCAGUUGCCACUGGAGAGCUGCAGCUUUACACGCUGUCACAUAGUCAGGAAGGUGGGCGCUGUCUGCAGACUCUGAGCAAUUUGGAGGUGGGAACAGAGCGGCUGGCUCUGUCAUUAGACUGGUCCACUGGAAGAAUAGACAGCAGCAGUGAUGUGCGGGUAGUGUGCAGUGACUCUGCAGGGUGCAUCAGUGUGCUCUCCCUGGCUGAAGGCGCUCUGACAUCUCUGUCGCAGUGGAAAGCCCAUGAUUUUGAGGCCUGGAUUUCCGCCUUCUCCUACUGGGACACGCAGCUGGUUUAUUCUGGGGGUGAUGAUUGCAGACUUAAAGGCUGGGAUCUCAGGGUCGGUCCCUCCUGCCCCACUUUCACCUGUAAAGCGCAUUCAAUGGGUGUGUGCAGUAUUCACAGCAACCCACAUCGGGAACACAUCCUGGCUACAGGCAGCUAUGAUGAGCAGGUUCUGCUGUGGGAUGGCAGGAACAUGCGGAAGCCUCUUAGUGAGACUCCUACAGGUGGUGGAGUGUGGAGGCUGAAGUGGCAUCCAAACAACCAGCACUUGCUGCUAGCAGCCUGCAUGCACAACGACUUCCAUAUUCUUCACUGCCGGUCUGCCUUUGAGGGCGGUGGAGGAGCCUGUCCUGUUGUUGCCUCCUAUAUCCUCCACAACUCCCUGGCAUAUGGAGCAGACUGGUCCCAGGUGUCCCUGGAGGCACAAGUUCCCUGCUCCCCUCCUGCUGUGGAACCGAAAGAAAGCCUCACAGAGAGCGGAGGACACUUGAGGAUUCAGUAUGAAUCUCCCACCGCCAGCUUUGACACCGCUCUGGAGGAUGAUGUGGGACGAUACAUCCCAGAGGGCCUUGCAGCAUCCUCUGGCACCCCUAGUGCAGGCCCUGCCUUCAACUCUACUGAGGGUACCACUUCACUGUCCUGUCUGCUGGCUAGUUGCUCAUUCUAUGACCAUAUGCUCCAUGUGUGGCGCUGGGACUGGGCACCAGAUGAUGUUCAACAGAAAUCACAGCAAUUUUUACCAAAAUAGAGUUGACACUAUAGAACUGUAGCCUGUCAUAUUAUACAAUGUACCAAAGUAAAGCAGAAUGUACAGCCCAGACAUAACAUGGGCAUGA